CCGUGUAACGGUUUGGUCGUGUCGAGAACGUUUAGAACGCAAUGUUUGCGCGGGAAAAAGUUUUGACACUUCCAGCAUAUUGUGUUUACGUUUUUUGAAUUAUUGUCUGUGGGUGAUUAAAAUGUGAAUUUUGUUGGUGUGCAUGAUUCGUGUGUGUGGCAGUAUGGUGGAUUACGGUGGGAAUGGUUGUGAUAGUGUCAAUGGAAAGACUCAAUUUGUCUGGUUCGUUUUUGUGCAUUUGUUGCUCAUCGGAUUGAAUGGAACUAAUGCACAAAAUCGAGCGCCUCGCAUCAAAGAGCAUCCAUCAAAUACGGUGUCUGGUCGAAGUGAGCCGGCGACUCUCAGAUGCGUCGUUGAAGGUCGACCAAAACCGGCUGUGCAGUGGUACAAAGAUGGCUCACCAUUGCCUCCAGCGGAAGACGGACACAGAGUUCUCUUAGAAGAUGGGUUGUUAUUUCUUAGGGUUAAUCGCGGGAAAAAGGAGAGUGACGAAGGAGUUUAUUGGUGUGUUGCCCGUAAUGUAGCUGGAGAGGCAGCCAGCCACAAUGCAACCUUAAAUGUUGCUGUUCUUCGGGAUGAGUUCAGAAUAGAGCCACGAGAUGUACAAGUUGCUGCUGGUGAGCCAGCAGUUUUAGAAUGUGGGCCUCCACGUGGUGUCCCAGAAGCUUCUGUGCAAUGGGUGAAAGAUGGCCAACCGUAUGAAAUAGAAGUUAAUGGAAGGGUGACAAUAACGGAAAGUGGAAGCUUAAGAAUCUUGGAGACACUACCAAACGAUAGCGGACUAUUCAGAUGCAUAGCAUCAAAUAUAGCCGGAGAACGACAGUCUAGAGCUGCGGCAUUAAUAGUAUUAAGACGACCCCACUUUGUCGUUAAACCUAGCAAUAUAACAGCAUUAGUUGGUCAAAACGUUGAAUUUAACUGUCAGAGUUACGAUGCUAGUGUUAAAAUAACAUGGGUUAAAGAGGAUGGUACAUUGCCGUCACAUGCGACAGUGAUCCGAGGACUAUUAAAGUUGGAACAGGUGUCUGCAAGCGAUGCCGGUGUCUAUUCCUGCCGAGCUGAUAGCCAUACGGGCACUAGCAUAGCCGUUGCUACCCUGACUGUUUAUUCGUUGCCAUACUUCACAGAGAUACCGUCUAAUUUGACCGCAUGGGAGGGAGAUGUGGUCUCUAUUCCUUGUGAAGCAAAAGGAUUACCGACGCCAACUACGUUUUGGAUUUUAGAAGGGAUUGAAGACAGCUUGCUUUUUCCUCAAUGUACUAAAAGCAAUUCUAGCUUAUUAUAUUUAGAUGGAGUAAAAGUAGAACACGGUGGAAGAGUUAUUUGUGUAGCAGUCAAUGCUGCUGGCAGUAUGAUGCAAGAGGCUUAUCUAAACGUUCUACGAAAAAGUAAUGCAUUAAAGCUCUCUUCAAAUGAUGAAUUUGGCUUAAAUUAUGACCAACAGAAUCUCAUGACGGAAUAUGAAUUUGUUCAAGCAAGAAAAUAUCUGCAACAGAAUGUUUUAGUGCUUAAGCGUGUGGAAACUUUGUCGUCUACUUCACUGAAAGUUGUCUGGGAUGUGCUAACAGAUUAUAAUGAGUAUCUGGAGGGUGUUAAGAUUUGGUACAAUGGAACAUCUUUAAACUGGCGCAACAGUAGUGAAGAUUUUAUAAUAUUGAAUUCAUCUCAAGUGGACAGAUGUUCUAAUGGAUCACUCACAAAUGUUGAUAAUAGUGGUUCCUCAAGCUACACACUAUCCGGUUUAAAACCUUUUACCGAGUAUGAUGUAUUUCUGAUGCCUUUUUAUAAAAUGCUUCUCGGAAAACCAUCUAAUUCAAUGGCAGGAUAUACAGAUGAAGAUGUGCCAUCCCACCCUCCUCUCAGUGUCACGGCUGGGGUAAUAAAUGCAACGUCGGCAUGGAUACGAUGGGAAACGCCACCUGCAGACACGUGGAAUGGGGAACUUACCGGUUAUUUGAUUGAAAUACGGGUUGGUGGGACCAACUCUGGCCGCGUGGUCGGUCAGAUGUCACUCGGAGCGCGCACCCGUGCCGCAGCGGCCAGUUCCCUGCGGGCGGGCGGCCGGUACAUAGCGCGCGCUGCAGCAGUCACCCGUCGUGGACACGGGCCGUUCAGCGCUCCUGCUCACAUACACAUGCUGCCCACACAGUCGCAGCGACACUACGUGCAGACGGAACCUCCUCACGAUUCCACGAUUCCGCACAUUUUACACGAAACGUGGCUACUGGCGCUUGGCUUGACAUUAUUCUCGGUGAUCGUAAUCGGGGUUGUCAGCAUUUACUACAUCAGGCGUCGAAAUGGCAUUCAGCGGAAAAAGGCCACAGGUCAGUCAAUCGUAACAGCCCAACAGUGUCUCUUGAACAAGGAUACGAUCUGGUUGAGGGACCGUCCUGUAUUCGCAUCACCAGAUCCAGCUCUGGACAUUAACAGCUGUCAUCAAAGUCUUUUGCAAUCUGGCCAGUCGACGAACAUCCUGAACAUUGAGCCAGAGUACUGUCUCCCUCAGAACUCUAUUCAAGGAGUAGAUUCCUCGAGUGCAGACAGAAUGAAACGUCUCGAGCCGUACGCCUCAAGCGCUAUUUACACAGAACUCAAUUUCAAGGACGGCCACGACAUGGGAGAAACAAAUUGCCCCGAACGAAGAUCCCACAACAGCAUCGUUCGCUCGUGCAACGGAAGCAUUCAGUAUUCGAACGAAUGCUCGACUUGCCACAGCUCAUCGAGCCGGUCGACGAAGGACUAUCGGGAGGUUAAUCACGACGACUGCGGAUCCUGUCGCUCGGGAUCGAGAAGUCGACACGACAGGAAACCGUGUCCGAAUGAUUUAGAGUACGAUUAUCCGCAGUGGCACUGGCUCGGCCGGGAGAAUAGUUUCAAAAUUCCCAUUCAGCGGCAUUCGAACGCGCGGUCAGAGCAGAGCUGUCAAAUAAAUCUGUGUGAUAUAUUGCCGCCGCCACCGUAUGAGAGUCCAGAGGCCAAGAGUCAAAUGAAAUGAUUGAACAAUACGUAGUCAAUUUGAAACGUGAAGCAAUAAUGACAUAUAUAUCAUUUUAAAUUAUGAUAAGUAGUUAACAAACUGAACUUUAGAUUUAAUUGAGUAGAGCUGUUAUCGUACUGAAUCGAUGUCUUAUGUAUAUUGGGCUAAAAGUAGCUGUAACGUAUCUGAAUCAUUAAUAUUAUGGUAUUUUUUACUCUUUGAUAUUGUUCGAAACAUUUUUAGAACUUUGCCGUUUUUUGAAUUUUGUGAAAUUGCUAAUAAUGAUUUCAUUAUUAGUACAUUAACAGUAUAAAACUUGAUAUAGUGAAGCAUGGCAUUAUUUAUGUAUCGAGAUCUUAUCACAGUAUCACCAUAUACUAAUAUCAAACAUUCGCUGCCCCUUGUUUAUUGUGGAAUACAUAACUCAUUGGUGCGUGUUAUUUUUUCAAAACACCGACGUACUCAUAUUUAGAGUAUUGAUUGCAUUUGAUUGCAUAUAUCAAAUAAAUGAAACCACAAGUAAUACUAAUCGAUAGAAGUAUAACGAAAAUUAAUUAUUUCAUUAAAAACUUUAAGUUGAAAAAGUGAAAUUUUCAAACAAAAUAUAUAUUUAAAUAAUUGAAGUAAAACUAGACAUUCCGUUUUGGGCCAAUGUAUGGUCGCCACUUGGCGAUUCCUAGCCAGCACUGGUAACCAACAAUAUAGUGUCGGUAUUUCGAGCACACAUCAAAGGAUCUUAGCGCACCUCAUAAAAAGUGUUUUAACUAGCCGGCAAAAAUAGUUUUGGUUCAUAGUAUCCAAAACUAUGUCAACAUAUUAUAUGAUAUUAUUUCAGAAUGAUUCAAACAUAAAUAACAAGAGGUUUACCUAGUUUUGUUCCAAUAAAUACUAACCCCCUUAUUCAUAAUAGUCUGCUAACUUAAAGCAUUGCUAAUUGUCAGUCUGUCUUCUUCUAUUGACCUCAGUCAGAAUGAGAAAUAACACUCUGUAGCGACUGUUUUAAGUUAGCGGACAUUUAUGAAUAAGGGGGUUAGUCAAUAACGAAUAUGAAGUGCAAGUUAACGUAAUAAUAAAAGGAAUAUAUAUUAUAUUUUAAUAUUUUUGAGUCAGCAUCAUAGUCUAUUAUGUCCGGCGUGCGUAAGCCUCGCUAGUGUAACAGGGGACAUGGGACAUAAUAUACACAUCCCUCACACAUAUUACUCCACAAAGAUACAAGUGCUCAAUCAGUGGAGGACUUCAAUGGGAGUAUCAAAUUUAAAUAGUAAUAUUUUAAGAAAUACAAUUCUCUACGUCAUCACUUCAACAAAACAAAAAUUAUAGCAAAAGAGAUGUUGCUCCUAGAACGGUAUUAUAGCAAUAAAAAAAGUGUGUGUGUACUUUAUGUAUGCACGGAAGAAGUUAUACUUCUUUGGCGUAACAAAGCAAAAAUCCUUAAAAUUACCUUUGUAGUAAGAACAGUAUUGUAAAAAUCUUGCAAAGAUGGCUCUGACAAUUAAUUAUGAACUUGAACCCUUUGCCUGUCCUAAUAAUGAAUGAAGAAACCAAAAAAAAAAACGAAUGUCGCAAACGUCAGAAAAUUUUAGGAACCAACUUCACCCUGUUACUUUUGUUUUACAGUGAUGCGCGCGCAUAUUAAAAUUUCACUCUCAUAAUUGUUUCAUAACGCGCCUAAAGAAGUAUAACUUGAAUAAAAAAUAAAAUUAACUUAAAUAACUAUAGAAAACUUGAAAUCCAAUAAUGUUUAAAUUAAACCCCAUAACUAUAUCAGCAGAACAUACAAAGGGCAAAUGCCAAACCAUCUCUAUACAUAUAACAAAAUUCACUUACAAGGAAAAAAAACACUAAUCUAUCAUCAGUGGCUUUGUCACUUAUAUUCUUGACUAUGUUUCACGCCAAAUAACGGAAUAAACAGAUAUCUAUUGAUAAAUUCCACAAUAAUCAAUAUUAAAAGUCAGUCAUGCCUUCAUCUUUUUAAAAAGUAUUAUAAGUAUAUAAACUAUAACUUUGACAACAAAUCACCGGUUAUUUAUGAUCAAUGACCACGUAGUAGUUUAUAGACCAUUCACUUCUUCAAUAUUAAUACAAAAUAAAUAUGCAAUAUAUCUCUCAUGCCAAUAAUGUGGCUAUUAAUUUUAAUAAUUCAUAUAUACAGUAGACAGCGCUUGUAAUGUAGAUAUAUUGUAUAUCGUAAUUAAUUCCUAAUUCUAGUCAACCUGUCUAGACUAGGUACAUGUUAAAAUAUAAUUAUACCCGCUAGAAUUAAAUCAGUUGUCAUGUAGUAAUUGGCUCUGCUAGUUCCUUAUUUCCAACGUCUGUUUAACUGAAUGCAAAAAACGGUCAUAUUCGGACUCGCAUACGAAAGUUGAAUAUAUUGAACCAUUUUACAGGAUAUAAGACUGAUACAGUGUUAUAACUUGUAAAAGUGAAAAUUUCUUAGUAAGCGGCGUCAUAAACUAACGCCCCGUAAAAUUGUCGAAACAUUAUCGUUUUACAAUAUCACUAUAGUGUAUCCGUGACAUUACAAUGUCACUAAAACCAGGCCGUUAAAUUGUAAGAAAUGAAGUUGAUUGACAAUAUACCGGCUAAUUAUCACUAGUGAUAUUAUAAUAUCACGGCGUUGACAAUAUACAUACGAUAAUAUAUAUCCUUUUUUUACCCGUUUGAGCAUCUGCUGGUUUGAUCGUGCUAUCCGAUAAAAAUAUUAUAAUUAAAGACGUUCAAACUAGAGUAAUAAACAUAACCUGUUGUCAUGCGUUGCCUAACAGCAAGAGGCUCUAUAUAGACGUAUAAAUAUAUCAGCUGUUACAUACAACUUCCUCCGCAUUUACUACUCUAUCUAUUUUAUGGAAUUGAAUUGAAUGGAGUAUUGGAACUAGUACGGAUGUCUCAUGUGGUAAAAUUUUCGUAUUAAUUGUGUGUAAAUUGAUGGUAUAUGCUAUUUAUAAAAACGGCUUUACUCACGUUCAGGUACCGACUAGUUUCAGACCAUUCGGAGGUCUUUCAUCAGGGUGAGUGUAUUUAGUGGUUUCACGAUUACAUCCCGUCCGUAUUACUUCUGCACAUACCGUGCUCGUUAUCACCAUCGGCGCACCCCGCGCCCCCCGCCUUGUACAGCCGCGCACUACGAGCACAAAUCCGCAGUAUGAGACGGGACCAAAGAGUAUAAUAAUAUAUAAGGAAAUGAGAGCCCUCUCUACGCAUUUUGAGCUGUCUAUUUGAAAUCUAGCGCCAUCUGGAGAUUGGCCCCGAGAUUAACUAUUAUAAGCACCAAUUUAUGAAAUUCAUUUUUCAUGUUGCGACGCAAUUAAAUAACUAAUUCUACUUUUUAAUGUAGGUAUUGCAAUUUUUAACCAUGUUGAUGCGCGUAGAGUUAGUUAUUUAAUUUUGUCACAACAUAGAACAUAAAGGAUAGAUAUAGUAGUGCAAAUAUGCAAAAUGGAACACGAGAGCUACAUACAUGCAAACGCUAGAACUAGCCGCCAUUUUAUGACAAGUGCGCAGUGCCAGUGACACAAAUAAAGAAAAGUUGAAAGGUUUCAAAGCAAGUAACAGCUGACAAAGCUUUCUUUUUCGGGCCAACUAACAGAUGGCACUACAGUCUUCUGAAAACGUCACUUUAAGGCGUCUGUCCCACCCCUGGGCGGGACGUUACCGCGAACCCACUACACUCACACUGAUGAAGGACUUCCGAAAUUCCGAAUGGUCUAUCUCAAUUUCUCGCGAAAGUUUAAAUAAUUUUAUCGGAUAUGAUUCUAAACUUAACUAAUUUUAAUUAACUACUAUCUACUAUUUUGUACGUUGUAUAAGUUACUAGCAAGAGUCAAUGUGUUAUAUUAUGUAUUUAAAAUUCAUGUUGUUUAAUUUCACCACUGCCAUAUAUUACGUAGAUUUAACGAAUUAGUUGUAUAAAAUUUGACUGUGAUAUUUAUUGUAUAUUAAAAUUUGUGUAGUGUAAGCUUACGGUAUCUAGGGGAUCUUAUAUUAAAAUAUGAUUAAACUAUUUGUAAAUUUUUUGUUUGCCACUCAAAUAUUUUCGGAGCCAGUUGUUUUGUUUAAAAUCGAAAUAAACGUAGCUUCUAUA